AUGAGCACUCCUCAGUUACUGUCGAGGAAGACGAACGGCGUCGUCGGCCAGUCUUCGAACGAUGCGGCCAAGGCACCGAGGGUGAAAGCGCCCGUGCAGGGCGAAAAGGUCGUGGUGCGCCGCUUGCCGCCGGGAAUGACCGAGGAGGAAUUCGUCACCAUCCUGGGCGAUGAAUGGAGGGUUGGCCGUGGAAAAGUCGACUGGUUUUCGUACUGGCCGGGAAAAUUGUCGCAACAUCCGUCAAAACCAUCACAACCCUCCCGCGCAUACCUGCAUGUUGUGCGGCGAGAUGACUUGACAGCACUCCUGCAGAAGGUGCAAUCGGAAAGGUGGGAGGACGCCAAGGAGACAUACAACGACCCUGCCCUGGUCUCUCCGCCCACAGUAGAGUUUGCCAUCUAUAAGAGAAUCCCCGGUGGCAAGAAGCGCGUCGAUGGGCGGCAAGGUACCAUUGAUCAAGACCCAGAGUUUAUGGCGUUCCUCGAGGCCCUGGCGAACCCUGACGCGCAGAAGGAGGCGCCGGAAGCGGGCCAGGGUGCUGAGGAACUACCCAAAGUUGAACUGACGACGACGCCCUUGGUUGAAUACCUCAAGGAGAAAAAGGCUGCCAAGGCCAAAGAGGCGGCCGCUGCGAAGAGCGCGAAACAUGCACGUCAGGACUCACAGGGAGCAGGGAAAGGCAAAGCUGCUCCAGCAGCCCCUGAGGAGCCAAAGAAAAGGUCUAGGGAUGGCAGGUCCGAGAAGGAGAGGGCGCCGGAACGUGCCUCGGAGAAGACGUCUGACCCGUCAAAGGAGUCAGUCAAAAUACUCACCAAGAAGGCUGCCGCUGCUGCGGAAGCUGCUGCCGAGGCUGCAAAAGCUGUUGCGGCUCAGAUGAAAUCGAAUGCGCCGCCCACCUCACAUCCCGGAGGUCAGGAGCCCCCUCCUAAGAGCCGCCGAGCGGGCAUAGCAGCUGCGGCCAGGAUCCUGCAACGCGACUUGGGCCUUAGUCCGGGCAACGCUCAUCGCAAAGCUCGUCAAGACGCCGCCAAGGCCGAGUCAGAGGCCAAGGCCACCGCUGCUAAGGAGACCGCUAAGCCAGCCACACCACCCGCCCCUGAGCCCGCACCACCGUCUACACCCUCUGAGCCUACGGCGCAGUCUGCCUUCGUGAAGACGCAGCCUCUAGCUUCGGGUAAGUCCAGGAAUAGGAAGCGCGGCGCCGGCGAGGAUAACGCCAAGGUAAAGGGAGAGAGUAAGGGAGAUGGCAAGGGGGACGCUGGUACCGACAAAGUGACACACCCCGCAGCGCCAGCAGCAGCAAAACCACCCAUCACGGUGCUGAAAAAGAAGGACAACCAACCGGCCGCAUCCUCGCAACCUCAGCCCACAGUGCCGCCCGCACCAACCGGCCCGUCCAAGACCGCCCCCUCCCAACAAGCCCAAACAGCAACCCCAACUCCUCCCUCCGGGCCGAAGUCCGCUUCUUCUCAAAAACAACCAGGCGGAGGCGGUUCCAAGAAAUCUUCCAAUGCCGCCGCUACGCCCAGCCCAGGCGCAACCCGCGCCUUCGUCAAGCAUGCCAACCACUCGCAGGGCGUCACCGAAGCCUUGCUCAAGGAGGCCCUCCAGGCCUUCGGCACCGUGACGAGCGUCGAGAUGGACCGCAAGAAGGGGUUCGCCUAUGUCGAUUUUGCCAACCACACCGGCCUCGCCAAGGCUAUGGCGGCCAGUCCGGUGGCGAUUGCGCAGGCUACGGUGCAGGUUCUAGAGAGGAAGGAGAUGGGGAAGAAGGCGUCUGGCCAGGGGCAGGGGAAGAAUGCUACUGCUGCUGCGGCUAGUGGGUCUAUGUCCGUGGCGGGAUCUGCUACGGUGCCGGGUAAGGCUCAGGCACAGGCACCGGCACAAGUUCAGGCACCUGCCUCUGCAAAGCAAGAUCCUGCGCCACCAACACCGGUCCCUGCUGGCCCUGCGGGAGAGAAAGCAGGGGGUGAGCAGGGCAGCAGACGCGGAGGGAGGAGGCGCGGGGGUAGAGGGAGGGGUGAUAAAGAGGGCAAGGAAGCGAAGGAGGGGAUCAAGGACGGUGGUCCGAAGAGGGCUGAUGGAGGAGGAGCGUCGGCAGCUGCUUCAAACAGUGGUUGA